AUGAAGCCGUCUUUGCUGCUUCUGUGUCACUUCUGGCUGUUCAGCCUCACACCUUUUUCAUGGGCAUCAGACUCAGCACAAGGCACCUCCAGCCUCACUUGUUGGUAUGAUUCACGGGCAGCUCUCUUCUGUGACUGGACCCCAGACAGGGACCUGGCUGAAGCACCAUGCCAGCUGGAGAUUUUAUCCAAGUUAGCAUUCUGUGACAGGUUAUCAUCUCCCUUAUCUGAAAAUAUCAAGGAGCACUGUGAGCUACCCAAGGCAGAACAUGCAACAGGACUGAGGAGAUGCAUCAAGACCUUCAGCAAAAACAGUAAUGCUCAAUGCUUCACCACUGCGGACCGUCUUACCAUGUCAGUCCAUUGCCAGAUUGGAGAGAACAGGUCUAUACCUGUGCGAAUAGAAGAUUUCAGUCCACUUGCAAAUAUAAAGCUGAGGCCUCCAGGCAAUCUUCAGCUGGUUCGCAAAACUGAAAACACCUACAACUUAACAUGGAGCCUGAAUAUUUCCUCUCACUAUUUGGAUGGGGAGCGGGAAUACCAAGUGCGGUACCGAAACACGACUGAGUCCUGGCAGGAGGCCAGGAACUCCACCAUUAUGCAGGACCAGAUGUGGAUGGUGUUUGAGAGCCUUUCACCCAACUUGAAAUACGAGGCAGCUGUCCGUGCAAGGCCAAGUGCCUCAAGUAUCUGCAAAGGCGUGUGGAGCGACUGGAGCGAGACGAUACUGUGGAGGACACAUGCUGACCGAACAUCCCAGCCAGUCCUGCCAGCUCUUAUAGUGAGCACUUGCAUCUUUGUGGCCGUUGGAACUGCCUUCCUUAUUAACUUACGGACCCUGAAAUGGUUUAAGAAGAUCCUGAAGAUUCACAUCCCAGACCCUGAGAAGUUUUUUCCCCCACUUGUUUCAGUUCAUGGAGGUGACAUUCAGAAAUGGCUCUCCUCCCCAUUCUCCACAUCUUCCUACUGCGUGAACAGCACAAGCCCAGAGAUCUCCAUGCUUGAGGUGAUGCAGAAGAAUGACCAGGAAUCACAGUUUCUACUUUCCAAGGGAACCUUAACUCCUGAUCCACCCUUAGAAACCAGUGGCCACUCAGUAUCCAGCUGCUUCACCAACCAAGGCUACUUCUUCUUCCACCUUUCCAACUCCUUUGAGAUUGAGCCCUGUCAGGUCUACUUUACCUACGAGCCUUUCAUCCAGGAGGGCAAUGGCAGUGAGAAUGGCGAGUCUUACCAUGCUCUUCCCUCUCCAGACCUCUGCACACUGGCAGAGGACAUGCCCGUGUUGUCCCACAACUUCUUGCACUGCAUCAAGGCAAGCCAGGGCUUACAAAACAGCUCCUUCAUGGAAAAGACAGAAGGUGAAACCCAGCAGGCCAUGGCUAUUUCUGGGGCUCUCCAGUCAAGUGAAGGCACCUCACCAACACCAGUUCUGAAACAGGAUGGGAAGAUGAUGGACAAAGAAGCUUUACAACCUCCUGGGGCCCCGUGCCAGCUGGACACUGACUUUCCUGACCCACCGGACCUCCAUGACAGCAAUUCUGUUGAUGUAACAGAGAGUGGGAAGGCAGGCCCUCCGACUGACCCCUGUACACCAGCAGCACACAAUACCUCUUCUUCCUCUCAACCUGCACCUCUAAGGCAAAGCCAGAAUGAGGAUUCAUGCAGAACAGCCUUCUCCAGCCAGGUCCCAAACACUGGUGCCUACCUUUCCCUUAGGGACCUCCAGUGCCAGUACAACCAUUGCUCUGUCUAG